AAAAGUCAUUGUACAAGCCAAAUGCAACAAAAGACUUGUGCUUCAGUUUUGAUUCCACAAAAAAAUCAAAUUUUAUUUUAGAAAAAUUAUAAAAAGUUUUAAAUUUUAGAAUUCCAAAUAAAUUGAAUGCAAUAUGGCUGGUAAUUUUUGGCAAUCGAGUCAUUAUCAACAGUGGUUGCUAACAAAAGACGAUUUGGUACGAGAUCGUCGAUAUGAUUUGCAAUUUCUCACACCAGAAGAGUAUCAGAAGCUCAAUAUUUUCUUUGCAAAUUUGAUCCAAGUGAUUGGUGAGCAGCUUAAACUUCGUCAACAGGUUAUUGCAACCGCAACCGUUUACUUCAAGCGAUUUUAUGUACGAAACUCAUUUCGAAGCAUUGAUCCGCUGUUGAUGUGUCCAACUUGCAUAUUUUUAGCAUCAAAAGUUGAGGAAUUCGGUGUUAUUUCCAAUUCACGUCUCAUAUCUACGUGUCAAAAUGUCAUCAAAAAUAAAUUUAGUUAUGCAUAUCAACAAGAAUUUCCGUACCGAACCAACCAUAUUUUAGAAUGUGAAUUUUAUCUGCUCGAGAAUCUGGACUGCUGUUUAAUUGUAUAUCAACCGUAUAGACCGCUAUUACCUAUUAUUCAGGACAUUGGACACGAAGACCAAUUGCUACCAUUAACAUGGCGUGUCAUCAAUGACUCUCUUCGAACUGAUGUUAGUUUAUUGUAUCCACCAUACAUGAUUGCCAUCGGUUGUCUUCAAAUAGCAUGUGUAAUUUUGCAAAAGGACGUGAAAGCAUGGUUUGCCGAAAUCAAUGUCAAUAUGGAAAAGAUUCAAGAGAUUUCAAAGACAAUUUUAGGACUAUAUGAAUUAUGGCGUACGUAUGACGAAAAGAAAGAAAUUCAAGAUUUGCUCGUUAAAAUGCCCAAACCACGACCACCGCCACAGCAACAACAACAACAAACGCAAUCAAAUCAACAGACUCAAAAUCAAACCCAACAAUAAGAUGGGUGAAUUCUCUUCGCCAUCACAGUUCAAAUUCAUUUUAGAUCUUUUUUAAUUAAGAAAAUUAAACGAUUUUGGAUUGUUGUAUUCAGAAGAAAUUAUAUUACCUAGAUAGCAGACUCAUUUAUCACAAUAAAUAUGAACACAUUAUGCCAAUCAUCAUUGAAUAUA